AUGGCCAUCGCCAUCGGCACCGACUACUGGCUCUACGCCCGCGCCCGCGUCUGCAACGCCACCGGCGCCGCCGGCGGCGCCACCGGCGCCAACGGCACCAACGGCGGCGCCGCCACGGCCCACGGCGGCCUCACCCACUCCGGCCUCUGGAGGGUCUGCUGCCUCGAAGGGCUGAAGCGGGGGCUGUGCCUGCGCAUCAACCACUUCCCCGAGGACCUGGAGUACGACCACGACAGCGCCGAGUACCUGCUGCGUGAGUGACCGUGUCACCCGUGUCACCUGUGUCACCUGU